AUGGAACUGUGCACUUGUCACUACUGGUGGUGGAGGUACACACACAACACAUGUCAUCUUCCGGGCCUGGGUAAAGUAUUCGCUCAAUUACCAAUCAAGCGCGGGAAGAAGGUUUACAUUGCUGGGAGGACGGAAUCAAAUCUGGUGCAAACAGCCAGGGAAAUCGGUGUUGACGGAUAUUUUGUUGUGGACGUUAGCGAUAUAUCCUCGCUCCCGGAUUUCGUAGAAAAGAAACCACUCAACUUUGAGGAAGGAGCCGACCCGAACGCAAUAACUCAAGAAGCCUACUUCUGUGCGCUCUUUAUUCCUCAUCUGAAACAAAAGCCACGCGCAUUGAUCCAAAGCGUUGCAUCUGGUUUGGCGUACAUCCCGGUAGCUACAUUCCCAGUAUAUUGUGCAACCAAGAGCUUCACCCUUUCACUGCGUGAACAGUUGUACUCCACAAAUGUGAGUGUUACUGAGAUUUCUCCACCUCUCGUAGAGAGUAACUUGCACAGGGACCAAGACAGCUCGAAUAGCAACAAGGUACCGGAUUCGCCCCGUGCUCUCACUCGAGAAGAGUGGAUCGUACAUGUCGAAAAGGGAUGGGAUGAAGGGAAAGAAGAGAUUGAUGCUGGUUUCUUGCAGGCCGGCACUGAUACAUGGCGUAUGGGAUUUGGAGAGUUGCAUGUCAGGAUAGCUUCCCACUCACACUGA